AUGGGAUGCCCAGCAGCGGCUUGGACAAACCCGAAGCCUACUGGAGGAGGGUCUUCGCUGGCAGCCAACAAAGAACCACUCGGAAUGGCUCCAUAUCCAGCAGCCAGCCCAGAACGGAAGCCACAGACGAGCACCAAUUCCAGAUUAGCAUCCAGUGUGGGGAGCAACAGCGGUACACCCCCUAUCAAGCACUUGUCAAGGGCUGAGAUGGCAGAACGCAGGGUAGUAUUCAAAACUAGGAUCUACCACUACAAUGUUGAUGCUAAAGGAAACUUAAGUUUGGGGAUCUUGAAAGAUGGUUGA